AUGUAUGCAGCGAUUGGCAAAAAAUAUCCCGAUUUGAUCAAUCGAACCCGCGUACCCCUGCAACAAGACAGCGCAAAACCUCGCACCGCCAAACAAACGAAGGAAAAAAUCAAAACUCUCGACGCCAUUGAACUUCUUCCACAUCCAGCGAAUAGUCUGCACAUUGUGUCAUACGACUAUCACCUUUUCCGCUCCAUGGCACACUUUUUGCGUGGUCGUAGCUUCAAUGAUCUGGACGAUGUCGAAGACGGAUGCCGCGAGUUUUUCGCUUCUAAGAAAAAGGAGUGGUACCGCAGCGGGAUCGAACAACUUGCCUAUAGAUGGGUUCAAGCCAUAGAUUCAAAGGGCCUUUACUUCGAAACUUAA